AUGUCCCUAGAAGAUCGCCCUCUCUUUGAACAGAUAGCUGUUAAAAAAUUAAUAGAAAUUCAUGAAAAGAAUCCUAAGUAUGUUAUAGAACAUCCAACUGGAGAUCGACCGGCAUUAUAUCCUGUUGAUGGAAUUCUUCAAAUGGCUUAUUGUACCCCAGAAUCAGUUAGAUCAGCUAGAAAAAUAAUUCCCAGAGAUGAUGAUAUAUUUAUUUGUACCACUCCAAAAAGUGGAACUACAUUUUGUCAAAAUAUUUGCCUAUGCCUAGUUAAUAGAACAUAUCUUAAUGGAAAACAAGAUUUUCUUGUGGAUUCACCAUUUAUUGAAAUGUAUGGAGGUGAUGUUAUUGAUGCUUAUCCUUCUCGAAGAGUACUCAAGACUCACUUUACUUAUGAUUGGGUACCAAAAAGUAAAAAAGCAAAGUAUAUUUAUUGUGUAAGAAAUCCUAAGGAUACAUUAGCAAGUUAUUAUUUUUAUAAUAAAAUACUUAAAAUUGCUAAUUGGGAAAAUGGUCAAUUUGAUGUUAUGUUUGAAAUGUUUAUGAAUGAUGAAAUUGAAAGUGGAGGUUAUUUUAGUCAUAUUAAAUCAUGGUUACCUCAUAUCAAUGAUGAAAAUGUUUUGUUUCUUGUUUAUGAAGAAAUGUGUAAAGAUUUAAAGGGUUCUAUUAUUAAAAUUGCUAAUUUCGUAGGCGGUGAAGCAUUAAAAAUUAUUAAUAAUGAAGAAUUGUUAGAAAAAGUAAUAUCGGAAUGUUCUUUUGAAGGAAUGAAAAAGAAAAACAAUAUGUUUUCAAAUGAAGCUGUAUAUCAUAGUAAAAGUUUUAUUAGAAAAGGUGGUUCUAGAAAUUGGAAAGAUUUAAUGAGUAAGGAACAAUCUGAUAGACUUGACAAGAAAUUUAAUGAAGUUUUUAAAGGUACUAUUCUUGAAAAUUUAUGGAUAAAAGAAAUGAAAUGGGAAAAUUAA